AUGAGAGAUAUGGACUCGCCCGGGAUCCGUCACGCUCGCGUAGUGCAGACAGAAAAUGAGACUAUGGAUGCACUUCGAUCAGCGCUGGCUGUGUAUGCCAGGAAUAUAUCGCACGAUGACAUGUUUGGUACUUCCCAUGCCAACGGCCCUUUACAGUCGAAGAGGACAGGUCAAGUGCACCCGAAAAAUGUCGGAAAGGACCAGGUGUCGGGUACCAGCAGUGGGUCGAGCGGGGAUCAUGGGGCCAAAAUUGGCGGGGAAAUCAAAACCAAUGAGAGUAAGGCUACACACGCGCAGGAUCAAGGGAUUCACACACAGGCACAGAGUUGGGGUAUGGCUUCUGAGGAGAGUUGCGUGCAUCCAGGAACACAUGCAAAACGAGAGAGACGUGGAAGUAGGGCUCGAAAAAGUGUCGGAAAUAUAUAUCGGGAUGUGUUACUAUCUCACCAUAUACCCGAUAGUACUAAGUCUAGGUCAAGGUCGCCAUCGUCGCCAGCGGUAUCCAAACGUAACUGGACAAGGGAAGGGGGUGAUAUAGAGGAACAUGCACACACAGACACAAACACAGACGCAUACACAUUUAGAGAUGUCGGUUCGGAUGCUUUGACUGGUACACUUGGGCCGCAGAACAGUAUUACAGAAGCGCGCACGGAUACCGCGGACAGUUCGGUAUCGCGGACGGUGCCGAUCACUGAGGGGAUUGAGUGCGCACACUGCCAAGGGACAGGCAAGAAACCAUCUCCGGCAGACGACCCGUUAUGUGCAUGUACCUGCGGAGAGGCUACACGUAGGGGUGGACCGGAACUAGCAGACAGAGAACCACUCUCUGGGGUGGAGGUGAAAGUACUUAGAAGUGCACAAAGGCAAAUGCUCUCGCUCAUGGCGCUGGAUAGUUUCCCGCGCUUCCUGAAUAGCGGGUUGGGCACGGAAUUUGUCGAAAGGUGUGUAGGAGGUUGA